GUGAAUAACUGCCAAGAAAAAAGUUGGAGGAGCUGGACAGACAAAAAUAAAAUUGUCUGCACCGUCCUGAGCCUCCCUCAGGACCUAUGUCUCGCUUAUUGCUUUUGUGCCGGAUCCGGAGGGUUUCUUCUUUUCGCAAACUCAAUUUUGCACGAGGACCAAGCUCCUUUUCUUCUUUGGAUGUGAGGGGUUUUUGCACCCUUACUGCAACAGAUGAUUCUGGUGAUGUUACCAACAAAAGAUAUGAAAAGCCUUUGGAUUUUACUCAAAUUCAAAUUACACGCUUACCAACUGUCAUCAUUAUAGGGCGACCUAACGUAGGCAAGUCUGCAUUGUUUAACCGUCUAAUUCGGAGGAGGGAGGCUCUUGUAUAUAACACACCUGAUGAUCAUGUUACCCGUGACAUACGGGAAGGAGUUGCCAAGUUGAGUGACUUACGAUUUAGAGUUUUGGACUCUGCUGGCUUGGAAGCAGAAGCCUCUUCCGGUUCUAUCCUUCACAGAACAGCUUCUAUCACUGCUAAUGUAUUAGCUAACUCUCACUUUGCAGUCUUCCUCACCGAUGCAAGAGCUGGACUUCAUCCUCUUGAUUUGGAGGUAGGAAAAUGGUUGCGCAAACAUGCGCCUCAAAUCAAACCUAUUGUUGCGAUGAAUAAAUCUGAAUCACUCUUUGAUGCUAGUGGCUCUCUUGCCGCAGUUGCUAAUGAAAUGUGUCGAUUAGGAUUUGGAGAUCCUAUUGCUAUAUCUGCUGAGACUGGACUGGGUAUGCAUGACUUAUAUCUGUCUCUUAAGCCUGUCCUGGAGGACUAUAUACUUCGUGUCUUGAAUGAUGAAGGUGCCCAGGAUAAUAGCAACAUUGAGGACAGUACCAUCCCUGAGGUUGACAAAAGUAAGCUGCCAUUGCAGUUAGCAAUUGUCGGACGCCCCAAUGUUGGGAAAUCAACCUUACUGAAUGCAUUGUUACAAGAAGACCGUGUACUUGUAGGUCCUGAAGCUGGUCUGACAAGAGAUUCUAUCAGAACCCAGUUUGAAUUUCAAGGAAGAACAGUUUAUCUGGUUGAUACUGCUGGUUGGCUGCAUAGGACAAAACAGGAGAAAGGAGCAGCAUCCUUGAGCAUUAUGCAGUCAAGAAAGAGUCUACUCCGGGCUCAUAUAAUUGCUUUGGUACUAGAUGCCGAAGAGAUUGUAAAUGCUAGACGAAGUAUGAAACAUGCAGAAGUAGUUAUAGCCAGACGGGCAGUGGAAGAGGGACGUGGUCUGGUUGUGAUUGUGAACAAGAUGGACCUUCUAAGAGGCAAACACAAAUCAUUAUCCUAUGAGAAGGUUAUGGAAGUUGUUCCCCAAGAAAUUCAGACAAUUAUACCUCAGGUUACGGGAAUCCCAGUUGUAUUCAUUUCAGCGUUGGAGGGAAGGGGCCGUACCACUGUCAUGCAUCAGGUUAUUGAUACAUACGAAAAAUGGUGUUCAAGAUUACCUACAGCUCGUCUUAACCGUUGGUUGCAAAAGGUUAUGAGCAGGCAUUCUUGGAAAGACCAGGCAGCACAGCCUAAGAUCAAGUAUUUCACUCAGGUCAAGGCCCGGCCACCUACAUUUGUUGCGUUUGUGCGUGGUAAGACUCAGCUUUCUGACACAGACAUUAGGUUCUUAACAAAAUCCUUGAAAGAGGACUUUGAUUUGGGUGGAACUCCUAUACGGAUCAUGCAACGUUGUGUCACUAAGAAAGAUGCCAGUGGAAGUGGCAAGAGUAGCUCUUCAGUAGGCAGAGUGGCUGAAAGGACCAUGUCUGACAAGAGAAGAUUCUCAGAAGAAUAAUAAUUUUUUACUUUAAUAAGGACACGAGCAUCGCCUCUUUCUGCAGUACAUUGCAAAAAUGAGCUUAGAGUCUAAUUAGAUGCUUAGACUAGUUUAAUUUUUAAUUUUAUUAUCAAUUCAAAAGUUUAAUUCUGAAUUCUUGAACUAGGUGCAGUAAUGAGCAUAGUUUAGAAGGUGCUGAGCUGUAUAUAUAUAACUAACCAUAUGACGCCGGGUAAUGUUGCUUCAAGGUUAA